GGGCGGCAGCGGCGGGCGCAGGCGGCGGCGCGGCCCGGCCCGCUCAAGAUGGCGGUGCGGAAGAAGGACGGCGGCCCCAACGUCAAGUACUACGAGGCCUCGGACACCGUCAGCCAGUUCGACAACGUGCGGCUGUGGCUGGGCAAGAACUACAAGAAGUACAUCCAGGCCGAGCCCCCCACCAACAAGUCGCUGUCGAGCCUGGUGGUGCAGCUGCUGCAGUUCCAGGAGGAGGUGUUCGGGAAGCACGUCAGCAACGCGCCCCUCACCAAGCUGCCGAUCAAAUGCUUCCUGGAUUUCAAGGCGGGGGGAGCCCUGUGCCACAUCCUGGCAGCCGCCUAUAAAUUCAAGAGCGACCAAGGAUGGCGGCGUUUCGAUUUCCAGAAUCCCUCGCGCAUGGACCGCAACGUGGAGAUGUUCAUGACCAUCGAGAAAUCCCUGGUGCAGAACAACUGCCUGGCUCGGCCCAACAUCUUCCUGCACCAGGAGAUCGAGCCCAAACUGCUGGGGAAGCUCAAGGACAUCGUCAAGAGGCACCAGGGCACCGUGACUGAGGACAAGAGCAACGCAUCGCACAUCGUCUGCCCCGUGCCCGGGAACCUGGAGGAGGAGGAGUGGGUCCGGCCCGUCAUGAAGCGCGACAAGCAGGUGCUGCUGCACUGGGGGUACUACCCCGACAGCUACGACACCUGGAUCCCGGCCAGCGAGAUCGAGGCGUCCGUGGAGGAUCCCCCGACACCGGAGAAGCCCCGGAAGGUCCACGCCAAGUGGAUCCUGGACACGGACACCUUCAACGAGUGGAUGAACGAGGAGGAUUACGAGGUGACGGACGAGAAGAGCCCCGUCACCCGCAGGAAGAAGAUCUCGGCCAAGACGCUGACAGACGAGGUGAACAGCCCCGACUCGGACCGGCGGGACAAGAAGGGGGGCAACUACAAGAAGAGGAAGCGCUCGCCCUCGCCCUCGCCCACCCCCGAGGCCAAGAAGAAGAACGCGAAGAAGGGACCCUCUACCCCCUAUAACAAAUCCAAGCGUGGGCACCGCGAGGAGGAGCAGGAGGACCUGACCAAGGACAUGGACGAGCCCUCACCCGUCCCCAACGUGGAGGAGGUCACUCUGCCCAAAACAGUCAACACCAAGAAGGACUCGGAGUCGGCGCCCGUCAAGGGGGGCACCAUGACAGACCUGGAUGAGCAGGAAGAUGAGAGCAUGGAGACAGCUGGCAAGGACGAGGAGGAGAACGGCACCGGCAGCAAAGGGGAGCAGGCCAAGAACCCCGACCUGCACGAGGACAACGUGACAGAGCAGACCCACCACAUCAUCAUCCCCAGCUACGCCGCCUGGUUCGACUACAACAGCGUCCACGCCAUCGAGCGCCGCGCCCUGCCCGAGUUCUUCAACGGCAAAAACAAAUCCAAGACCCCCGAAAUCUACCUGGCCUACCGGAACUUCAUGAUCGACACGUACCGGCUGAACCCGCAGGAGUACCUGACCUCCACGGCCUGCCGGCGCAACCUGGCCGGGGACGUCUGUGCCAUCAUGCGGGUCCACGCCUUCCUGGAGCAGUGGGGCCUCAUCAAUUACCAGGUGGACGCCGAGAGCCGGCCCACCCCCAUGGGCCCCCCGCCCACCUCUCACUUCCACGUGCUGGCCGACACCCCCUCGGGGCUGGUGCCCCUGCAGCCCAAAACGCCCCAGGGCCGGCAGAGCGACGGCGACGCCAAGACGGGCCGCAAGAGCAAAGAGAUGGAGGAGCUGGGCAGCGAGACGGUGAAGGGCAAGCCGGAGCUGCAGCAGCCCAGCUCGGCCUCGCAGCAGAUGCUGAACUUCCCGGACAAGGGCAAGGAGAAGCCGGCCGACAUGCAGAACUUCGGUCUCCGCACCGACAUGUACACCAAGAAGAACGUCCCCUCCAAGAGCAAAGCCGCCGCCAGCGCCACGCGGGAGUGGACGGAGCAGGAGACGCUGCUGCUGCUGGAGGUGCCUGGGGACCGGGGGGACGUGGGACAGCAG